CAAUGCCCUUUGCGAAUUCAGCUUGGCACGUGCUCCGAGUGCGUGUGUGGAUGGCUACGGAUUGGGCCACCAAAGUGGAACUGAGUCAAAAGACUUUGAGCUGCCAGCGAUGUCAGCUGCAUGAGUAAGUGGAACCUUCGCCCGAUGUCCAACUUGGCAGUAUAUAAGCUGCGCCGCUUGGUCAAUUCGAUAUCAAAUCAAGCUCACAGCUCCAAGUAGUCACAGCUAAAAAAAACCCCACCAAAAUCAUCAUGAAAUACUUCGCCGUCUGCUUCUUCGCUGUUGUGGCUGUGGCUGCUGCCAAGCCUGGUAUUGUGGCUCCUCUGGCCGCCGCUCCUCUGGCUUAUACCGCUCCAGCUGUGGUGGGCAGUGCCGCCUAUGUGGCUCCCUAUGCCUCCAGCUACACCGCUAAUACCGUCGCCCACAGUGCCGCCUUCCCAGCUGCUUAUACCGCCGCCGCCUAUACCGCUCCCAUUGCUACCGCCGCCUACACAGCUCCCGUGGCUGCCGCUUAUACCGCUCCCCUGACCGCCGCUUAUACCGCUCCCGUGGCCCGCUUUGCCGCUCCUUAUGCCGCCGCCUACACCUCUCCUCUGGCCUACAGCUCGCCGUAUGUGGCCACCGCUGCUGCUCCUCUGCUGCUGAAGAAGUAAAUC